GGUGAAGUGGAACACGUCCUGUCACCAUACGUCGCCGCCAUCGAUAGUCGGACAAAGAGGCCGCAAGUUUGGGAUGGUGCUGCUGAAGAAGACGCUGCAGGUGGAGGAGAGGUACCCGUACCCCGUGAGGCUGGAGGCCAUGUACGAGGUCAUCGACCGGUCGCCCUUGAGGAAGCUGGAGAAGAUUCGCCAAAGAGGGUUCGUCCAGAAGUGCAAAGGAGCCGGCGUCGAGGGGCAAGUGGAGGAGGGCGCGCUUACCGCGAGCGCGCCGGCAAGGAAAAUCCCGAGAAAACCCACGACGACGACGACGACGACGACAUCUGCGACAACUACUCGGCCGGCGACGACCCGGCCGACGACCGCGACCGCCGCGACUCAAGCCACGACAACCGCCGGACCAAGCGCCGCCGCCCCGACGCAGACCGAAGCCCGCGCCCGGGCCGCGCCAAGAUCCACAGCGGAGCCGUAUUACUACAGCCAAAGGGAGAGGGAGCGGGACUCGGCAAAAACCACGCCGUCUGGACACGAGCGCGCCCACGACGACCGCCGCGGCGGGCGCAUCCGCGAGCCGCCACCCGCCACGCGGAAACCGUCCGAGAUCGGGCCCGCCGGGAAAAAGGACGGAGCGGAGAAGAUGCUAACAAACGAGUACGAGGAUAAGUACGAGACGGGCGAGCCCGCGGUCACCGAUCCCGAGGAGGCCGACGGCUUCGCCCGCGUCGGUCCCGCCGGGAAGGCGAAGGCCAAGCACGACAAGAAGAAGAAGAAGAAGAAGAAGAACGAAAAGGCGGCCAAGAAGGCGGAGAGGAGGGGCGGAAAGGGCAAGAGCGGCGGCGGCAAGAAGAACGCAAAGAAGCUGUCCGAGUUCCCGGAGAAGGACGACUACUUCCCCGAGCCCGGCGAGAAGCCCAGGGGGUCGCUCUCCUCCUUCUUGGACUACUUUGAGAACCGCAGGCGACUGCUGCUGGUGACAUCACCCAGCGAGGAGAACAAGAUGUACGCCCAGCAGAGGGACGAGUACUUGGAGUCGGUGUGCGAGAUGGCCAUCCGGAAAGUCUCCAUCAUCUCCAUCUUCGGCUCGCUCGUCAACUCCACCGUGAAAAUCGAUCACUACCAGUUGGAGAACGACAAACCCAUGAAGGGACUCCGUCAGGAGGACCUGGUGAACCAGGACCUGAUCACCGAGCUGAGGAAGGAGUUCAGCAUGAUCCACGAAGACUUCCACAUGGUCCUCACCGACACAGACAUGAGAGUCAAGCAAUCCUACGAGGUUCCCAUUGCCAUGAAGGCCGUGUUCGACUACAUCGACACGUUCUCAUCGCGCAUCCGAGAGAUGGAGCAGCAGAAGCGAGACGGUGUCGUUUGCAAGAAAGAGGACAAGCCCAGAUCCUUGGAGAACUUUCUCUCAAGGUUCCGCUGGAGGCGACGUCUCUUCAUCAUCUCCUCCCCCAACGACGAGGAGUGGGCCUAUCAGCAGCAGCUUUAUGGCCUGGGCAGCCAGGCCUGCAACUUGGGUUUGAGGCACAUCUCCAUUCUGAAGCUGGUUGGAACAGAGCUGUCAGACAUGGGCGGCGUCUUGGAACUUUACCCCUUUAAUGGGAGCGCUACGGUGGAACGCGAAGGCCUGUCCGCCACCCUGGUCAAGGACAUGAGGAACUACUUCCAGAUCAGCCCGGAGUACUUCUCCAUGCUGCUGGUGGGCAAGGACGGCAACGUCAAGUCCUGGUACCCCUCGCCCAUGUGGUCCAUGGCCAUCAUCUACGACCUGGUGGACUCCAUGCAGCUGCGCCGGCAGGAAAUGGCCAUCCAGCAGUCGCUGGGAAUGCGCUGCCCCGAGGACGAGUACGGCGGCUACGGCUACCACCAGCACGGCUACCAGGACGGUUACCACCAGGGCUACGGUUACUAGCGCCUUUCUCCUCCAGCGGCCCCACGCUCCGCCCCUCUAAUUUGGCCGACGAGGUCGUCGUGUGUUUUUGUAGCGCCGAGCGGAGAUCCGCGAUAUGAUAGCGUUCGCCUCGCCGCUUCCUCCGGUAUGGCGCCAGUUUGCAGCAGGUGAAAUGGAAACUCAAAUAAAAAAGAAAAGAAAAUCAUAGAUGAGCCUGCUGGGACCAAGUGUAUUUUCAAUUCCAAUUUACACAUUUCAUGUUAGCGACUUUCUUUUUUUAACAUACAUCAACUACUGCUCAAAUACGUCAUACGUGUAUUUAUUGGACUUCUGUUGCAGUUUUCCAGCUGCAGCACGAUUGCUUUUUCGGGGUUGCAUUUUAUUAUUUAUACUCAUUUGUGCCAUAUUAUAAAUUCUUUUUUCCUGGAUUGUAAUUGCUUGCUUUCUGCUUGAUACGCAAGUGAAAUAUGACCGUUGACUAUGUUAAAUAUUACAGCAUUGUCUUUUAGGAAUAUUUGUAAUUGACAUAAUAAUACAUUCCAUAAAGAUUCUAACAAUACCAUGGAUGUGUAUUGCUGCCAUACCAGAAGAAAAAAAAAAGUUAUAAUGUUGUGAAUUUCAAGUUUAAAGGUGAUAGGUUUCAUGUUUAAAACGUGAUACAUUUGACUUGUAGUUCAGGUCACUGGCGGAGCCCGAUAAAGGUUCGUGUGGCAUCUUUAUUAUUUUAUUACAGUAUUAUAAAAGAACAGCGUAGUUAACGUAGCUACUAACUUUGAUUUAAAACACAAAAAGAAGACGCGUGUACCUUCUGCCGCUGACCUGAACCGGAAGGAAUUGCUUCGUUUUUGGAUUGCCGAAUGAGGAAGUGAAGUGUAUCGCGUUAUAACUCGCUAACGCGUUCAAACGUAAUACAUUUCACUUUUGCAUUCGGCAAAACAAAGACAACAAUUCCUUCCGGUUCAGGUUAUUGGUGGAGCCCGAUGAAGGGAGAGAUAGGUUCUGUGUAUAAAUCCAAUGUUACUAGCUACAUAACUAUGUUGCUCUUCGACAAAUACUGUUUCGAAUAUAUAUGGCCAAGUGUUUGAAAAGAAGACCGCACACCGUUAAGUCAAAUUAAUCAUGUUAAAACGUGAAACGUAUCAAGUUAAAACAAGAUAGUGAACUUCUUUUCUCGUGUGGCACAAAACGCUUCCGGAGACAGUAAUACAAAUUGUGCUUGUGUGAGACUACGCCAAUAA